CGCUCCUCCCCCUUCCCCCACCCUCUUUUCUCUUUUUCGUUUUCUUUGCCACCGUCUGGCUACGUUCUUUUUUAAUAUUCUCUCGUUUAGCACUCCUGGCGGGUACUAGAGUCGUCCUACACCACAUCUCAGGCAUAUCUACUCCUCCCACAAUAUGGCAGAAACUUGGUUUCAAAGAGAAUUUCUUCAAGCUCGAAGGUUGACAUUCAAUGUCCUCUUCUAUGGCCUCCAUUUGGCUAUCUUCGCCUAUGGAUGGUAUAGUCAGGCAACCAAUCAACGGUUAGCUGGCCUCAAUACUCUCCAGUGGUCCGUUUGGGUCUCUCGAGGAGCCGGUCUCGUUCUUGCACUCGAUGGUGGCCUCAUUCUCAUCCCCAUGCUCCGCAACAUCAUUCGAGUCGUUCGACCCAAGCUAACCUGGCUCUUCCCGGCCGACGAGAACAUUUGGUUCCAUCGACAAGUGGCAUACUCCAUGGCUUUCUGGUCCGUAGUGCACACGACUGCUCACUAUGUCAACUUCAUCAACGUCGAGCGCACCCAAAUUCGUAAACAAACCGCCCAAAUGAUCCACUACACCCAACCUGGUGGUAUAACUGGCCACUUCAUGCUCCUCAUCAUGGUCGUUAUGUACACUACUGCCCACCAGAAGAUUCGCAAACAAUGUUUCGAAGCUUUCUGGUACACCCACCACCUCGCGUUCUUCUUCAUGCUCGGCCUCUACACCCAUGCAACCGGUUGCUUCGUGCGAGACUCUGUCCACCCCAACUUGACCUCGACGUUCCCCUUCUACUCGACAGAGAACUGCAUUGGAUACCUUAGCUGGAGGUUCAUCAUUUGGCCUGGUAUCAUCUAUUUCGGAGAGCGGGUGUGGCGUGAAAUCCGUGCUCGCCGUGCUACUCGCCUUUCCAAGGUCUUGGUUCACCCCAGUGGUGCUAUGGAGCUCCGAAUUGUCAAGCCCAGUUUCAAGUACACCGCCGGUCAGUGGCUCUUCCUUCAAGUCCCCGAGCUCUCCCGUUUCCAAUGGCAUCCUUUCACCAUCACGUCUGCCCCCGAGGACCCCUACGUCUCAGUUCACAUUCGUCAGGUCGGUGAUUUCACCAACGCUCUCGGUGAACGUCUCGGUGUAGGCCCAGCCGCCGUUGCCUCCAUGACCAAGGCCGCUGUCAAGGGUGCCGAGAAGGAUGGUCCCAGCCUUUCCCGUGGCGACUUCGUUGAGAUUGACCCAGCGACCAUGUCAAUCACCCUACCCCAAGUCAGGAUUGAUGGUCCCUAUGGCGCUCCCGCCGAAGACGUCUUCAACAAUGAAGUUGCUGUCCUUGUCGGUGCUGGUAUCGGUGUUACUCCUUUUGCCUCCAUCUUGAAGCACAUUUGGUACCGCCAAAAGAAAGGAAAGCUUGGUUCUCUCCGCCGAGUCGAAUUCUUCUGGGUCUGUCGUGAUGCCCCCUCCUUCGGUUGGUUCCAGUCUCUCCUUCAGGAAGUCGAAGCUGCCCAAGCGGAUCCCAACUUCUUGCGCAUUAACAUCUACCUCACCCAGAAGAUUAAUGAGGACAUGUUGUGGAACAUCGCUGUCAAUGAUGCCGGAGCUGAUUACGAUCCCUUGACAUUGUUGCGAUCUCGUACCAUGUUCGGUCGUCCGGAUUGGAACUCUAUCUACAGUCGCAUCAGGCAAGCUGUCGAGGGUGGUCAGUACAUCCCCGGCGCUACCGCUCAGCUGAAGACCAAGGUUGGAACAUACUUCUGCGGUCCCAGCGUUCUUGCCAAAGCCAUCAAGGAAGCUACGAUAAAAAAUACCAACGCCAACGUGGAGUUUUCGUUCGCCAAGGAACACUUCUGAUUACACCUCUGGUUGCAAGCAACUGGAAGUUGGACUUUGUUAUGUAGUAGUAAUGCCUGAAGAGUUUGAUACCCUCCUUGUAUCGCCAUCAUGCUUGAUUUAUGUGGUGCAUCU